AUAAAUAAACCACCCCAUUUCCAAUUGCUUCUUCAUUCACCAUGGCCCACCCUGAUGCCAGCAUCAAGUCCAUCUACAGCGGCAAAGUCAAUUUCUCGUCCUCCUACGACGCAGACCCUCCCGAGUUCGACCUGGAUUCCCAACUCGACGACUCUCUUUCUCGCCUCAGCAACGAAUCGCUCUCGUCUCGCAACCUAAAGAUUUUCAACGUCAACUCCGACAUCAGCCAAAAUGACUUGUUCAACGACAGUUCUAGCGACGGAGAAUCCAACGGCGAUGGAAACUUGAGCGUUCCUUCGCCUAGUUUGUCCAGAAAUUCCACCACCUCGUGCUUAUCCACCACUGCCACCAAGGACGGAAUCGAAGGCAGAAAGUUCCACAGAAAGGGUCCAAAAGCCUAUUCAAACCAUAUAAUUUCAAGCAUGAUCAAAACCACCACUGUCAAAUCGGUCCGGGUUUCUAGUGCAGACCGGGUACCUAGUGAAAAGACCUUGAAUGGCAACACAGACGUAAAAGGUUCCAAGGUCACCUCCAUACACAUUGACACCUCUCCCCAACAGUCUCCGGCCGGUGGCCGUGGCUCUCCCACCCCCAUGGCUCAGGGAGCCUACAGCUACAGCGAGGUAUCGUUCAAGACCACCGACGCCGAGUUCGAAGGAUUCGGCGGCCAUGAACAGCCGGCCCUACCACCUUUCUACAAGCAACCCGACAUGUCCUUGUGGUCCAAAAUUGACAUGCUCAACCCAGACACCUGAUUUAGCGCCUUUAACGAAUGUACGAUUAGACU